AUGAACUCUACUCCAUAUUCCAACGAAUUCGAAAUUCGUAAAACAGCACACGCUGCUCUACUUGCACGUUAUGCACGUGAUUAUCCGUCUCUUCUCUUACUAUCCGCGUUUCCAUUAGUUCAACGCGUUCAUUUUCUUGCACAGCAACAAGAUUUAGAAUCAUAUUUCCAGUGGCAGUUUGACGCUUCUUCUAGCUUUUUGCAACGCGAAUGGAAUCCGCACUCUUCAACUAGCGUGUUGCAAGACGCACCAAUAUAUUAUAAAAGGUGGGAUAAGGAGACGUUGCAUGCAAUGUUGGAAUUUGGAAGAAAGGGUACUCAAAGGUUUGUUGUAGUAUUAUUGUGGGAAGAAGAAAAGCAAAAGUUUUGGCAGAAAGACAUUAAAUACGAAGAACAACAAGAACUAGAACAAGAACAGACUAAAGAGUCGGAGAAACUUGAAUUCAAGAGUUGGAAGUAUUAUAAUACGAAGGAAGUGUUAAAUUGGGAGGAGUAUCUAAGUGAUGGAUGGGAAUUGGUAAUAGAUCUUACAGAUCAAAAGUUUAACAAGCUUAAAACAAUCAUCCCUUCUGAUAUUGCUGAAGAAGAUGAGUCGGACGCCGAUUAUUGGGAUCAGUAUCCCGCCUCUGAUGAUAAAGACGUUGCAGCUUCAUCAGAAAGCAGUGUGCAAAAUAAUCGUUCAUCAGGUGAUGAUGACAAUGGGGAGUCUUAUUGGGAUCAAUAUGGGCAACCUUUGGGUAAUAGACAUAGCACCUUCAAAACAAUUUCCUCCUCCAAAACUUUGACUAAAUCACUACUGGAUGAGUGUAUUCACGCGUCAGGGAAAAUCUCGAAUGUUGGUAUCGAAAAUUCAGCAUUUAAUGAUAACGGAUUAGAAACAGUAACAAAUAAUAGUAAAGUACGAUUCGACAAGACAGAAAACGAUAGGGAAGAGAAUCAAAACGGCAAUACUAUAGAAACCGCUCUAUUGACAUCAUUUCCACCGCCAAAUGACGAACCUGCACAGAUUGAUAGAAUACAGCACCAAGAGACCCCAGAAAAGGAGACUGAAAGGUUAACGAUCUCAACAACAUCGCCGUUAUCAUCAUCGGUGCAAAAAGAAGCCCUGAAUAAUGAAAUUCAAACAUUUGUUUCUGAUGCUGUUAGAUCAGUAUAUGGAAUGGCAAAGUUAAAUGGAAUAUCCAAAGAGAAAUUCCUAGAGUUGGCGUGGGAUGCAGUAACGAAAGAAUGA